AUGGCUACCCCCAAUCCCCUAGAAAAUACCCCUCCCUCCCCAUCCGUAUCCGAAAAAACCUUCCACGUCGCCGGUAUUCUCACGACCGUCUAUGGUCUCGAAGAAAUAUCCCCAUCAUGUACAUCAAUAUCAUGUCUAUGGCUCCUACAUCCCAGACUUCAAACCAAGAAGAUUAUGGAGCCAAUAGCUGCAAGAUGUAUACAAGCAUGGAAUCAACAAUCGGGUUCUAGUCGAACGGUUGGUUUAAUUGCUGUUGCUUUUGAUCAGAGAAAUCAUGGAAGUAGGGAAGUUAAUGCUUUGGCAAAUGGAUCGUGGAGGGAUGGUAAUGAAACUCAUGCCCAAGAUAUGUUCAGCAUUUUUCAUGGGACGGCAAUGGAUACAAGCCUUCUGAUAGACCAUUUGCCUUCUUAUAUCUUCAACACCAAAGACUCGCCUCUCAUUGAGCAACAUCUUGUCUUGGGUAUCUCCCUCGGCGGUCACUCAGCAUGGCAGGUACUAUUUUCUGAUCCUCGAGUUACCGCCGGUAUUGUGAUUAUUGGAUGCCCUGAUUACCUCCGUAAGUCCCCAUGA